GUGACGUAUCCCUGUUUACAUUUUUUUUAGCAUCAUUCUUUAUUUCUUUCUUCAUCCACCUUCCUUCCUCUUCCCCUCCCCUCUCUGCCCCCUUUUUUUCCCUACUUCCCUCUCCCCCUUUGCUCACUGCUGUCCUCUUAUUUCACUUCCACUUCGUCUAUUACAUCUAUUCCUUUAAACAAUGUCAAGCUAUUACGGUGGUGGAUCUUCCUACAGCGGUGCCGGUGCUGGCCACUCCGCUUCUCGCUACGGUAGCUCCAGUCAUGGCAGCUCAAGCUACGGCAGCUCCAGUCAUGAGCGAGGUAACGACCGCUCCUACGAUGACAACAGCAGGCGCGACCGCAAGCCAUACGACUCGGACAGCCGCGGAGCCUAUGGUGGUAGCGGUGGAUACAGCGGUAACAGUUAUGGUGGUAGCAGCGGUUACGGAAGUAGUAGUUUUGGUGGUGGCGGUGGCGGUGGCGGGGACCGAAUGAGCAACCUUGGUAAUACCCUGGCUAAACCCCAGUAUGAUCUGAACACCCUUCCAAAGUUCGAAAAGAACUUUUACCAGGAAGACCCUAUCGUCACAGCCAGAAGCCAGGCCGAAGUCGAUGCCUUCCGCGCCAAGCACGAGAUGACUCUCUAUGGACCCAACAUUCCCAAGCCGAUCGAGACCUUUGAGGAGGCUGGUUUUCCUCCAUAUGUGUUGAAAGAGGUUAUGGAGAUGGGCUUUAAGGCGCCCACCGCUAUUCAGGCCCAGGGAUGGCCCAUGGCCCUUUCUGGACGUGAUGUCGUUGGUAUCGCCGAGACUGGUUCGGGCAAGACCCUGGCUUACUGCUUGCCCUCGAUCGUUCAUAUCAAUGCACAGCCCUACCUGGAGCCCGGUGAUGGACCCAUUGUUCUCAUCCUGGCCCCUACUCGUGAAUUGGCAGUCCAAAUUCAGCAGGAGUGCACGAAGUUCGGAAGUUCGUCGCGCAUCAAGAACACUUGCGUCUAUGGUGGUGUUCCCCGUGGUCCUCAGAUUCGUGAUCUGUCUCGCGGUGUGGAAAUUUGCAUUGCCACCCCUGGACGUUUGAUCGACAUGCUGGAGUCGCGCAAGACGAACCUCCGCCGUGUGACCUACUUGGUGUUGGAUGAGGCUGACCGUAUGCUGGAUAUGGGUUUUGAACCCCAGAUUCGCAAGAUUGUUGACCAGAUUCGUCCCGAUCGUCAGACGCUCAUGUGGAGCGCCACAUGGCCUAAGGAUGUCCAAAGGCUUGCCCAGGACUACUUGAAGGACUAUAUUCAGGUCAACGUCGGAUCUCUCAGCCUGUCUGCGUCUCACAACAUCUCGCAGGCUGUCGAGGUCUGUGCCGAGCACGAGAAGCGCGGAAAGCUCAUCAAGCAUCUCGAGCGUAUUAUGGACGAACGUGAGCACAAGACCCUGAUUUUCACUGGAACGAAGCGCACUGCCGAUGAUAUCACCAAGUAUCUCCGUCAGGACGGCUGGCCAGCCCUUGCUAUUCAUGGUGACAAGGCCCAGAACGAGCGUGAUUGGGUAUUGAACGAGUUCAAAACUGGGAAGUCCCCUAUCAUGGUUGCCACAGACGUUGCCUCCCGUGGUAUCGGUAAGUUUACCUUGUUUUUGAUUUCUUGCAGAUGCUACAACAAUUUGCCGCUAUCACCACCACGGUUAUCACCGAUUUCGCCAUUGUUCGCUCCCUACCAUCGGAACGCCUUUAUUUCAACGUGGACACACCAUAGAAUAUGGAAAUGAUUAUCAGGACUGGGAGCUGAGCACAUCUGCAUUUGCAAUUCGGCGUCACACACUCAAAGGAUCCCUAUUGCCAAUGUUCUCGCCCACAUAACA